GUCAGCAUGGGACGAGCUCGGAAGCGUACGAUGGACAUGGUCCGCCUGGUCAAGGGCCUGUCCCGCAAUGGCGGCAUGCGUCGUCCUUCGUGGGUUCCUAUGGUGGACCGCUUCCCACCGCCGCCAGUGCCGCGCCAGGACCGCGACAAGCUGCCAGUCAUCACGUUCCCACAGGACCGACUGGCUGAGCUCUACAUGAAACAGCGCGACGGCAUAGUGGACAACCAGACGGCCUACGAGUUCGCCGACGAACAGCUGACGCUGAUCGAGCAAGGGAUCCCGGAGGCGGACGCCUUCAACUUGCUCAUUGAGAAGUACGACCAGGUGGAGAGCCACCGCUUUCUUGAGAAAUUCUCCCAGAUGCGCGGCAUUGAAUUUGCCGACCCCGCUGACUACGACGACAUUGAAAAGGGGUGGGUUGAAGCCGAGAGUCGUGCCAUUAAGGACGCCAUGCGUAUGGAGCACGAGGAGGAAGAGGCACUCCGAAACAUGUAGACACACGAGCUAGUAGACCACAGUUGCUAUUGGAACAACAAUACAUUUAACCCAAUAUUUGUGUUG